CGGACGCCGGGAUCCCGCGGUGGCGGCGGCGCGAGCAGAGCGGCCUGGCCGGCGCGUGGCCACAGUCUGAGGAGCCUGAGGCCCCGGCUGCGAGGCCUCCUCCUGGCUAGCCGACGUGCCCUCGAUGCCGGUUGGAGCAGUGCCGAGCGGAGCGAAGGCUGGGCCCGGGCCGCGGGCCCGAUAGGAGGCCGACGGGCCGGCUCGCCCGUGGCGGUGGAUGUGGCGCGGCGAUGGACGCCUUAGAGGAAGAGAGCUUCGCGCUAUCCAUCUCUUCCGCCUCUGAUGCAGAAUUCGAUGCUGUGGUUGGAUAUUUAGAGGACAUUAUCAUGGAUGACGAGUUCCAGGUACUACAGAGAAAUUUCAUGGACAAGUACUACCAGGAGUUUGAAGACACGGAAGAGAAUAAACUCACCUACACACCUAUUUUUAAUGAAUAUAUUUCUUUGGUAGAAAAGUACAUCGAAGAACAACUGAUGGAGCGGAUCCCUGGAUUUAACAUGGCGGCCUUCACAACAGCAUUACAGCACCAUAAAGAUGAAGUGGCUGGUGACAUAUUCGACAUGCUGCUCACAUUUACGGAUUUUCUGGCUUUUAAAGAAAUGUUUCUGGACUACAGAGCAGAAAAAGAAGGCCGGGGACUAGACUUAAGCAGUGGUUUAGUGGUGACCUCGUUGUGCAAAUCUUCUUCCAUGCCAGCUUCCCAGAACAACCUGCGGCACUAGGUCCCACCUUCGGGCUAUGGGAUCUCUGUGGACAUCACCAGCCCGACAGACUGGGAGAGGCUAAUGAUGACGGGAGAAUACAUCUUGGAAUGACUGACUCUGUUACUCUCUUCUGCCACUCUUCAUUAAUGUUAAGUAUUGAUGGGUCAAAAAGAGCAUGACCUGACCCACCCGGGACCUUUCUCCUGAAACACCUUCUUGGAUUCAGUAACCCUAGUGCUUCUUCCAGAGUAGACACCUCUCAGGUAUUCUGAGUCAGACUCAUCUGGAGCAAGCCCAUGUCCAGCAUCCCACCUGGGGGCCCCUUUCCACAGCAUACGUGUUGGUGUGUCAACAAUAUAGAGUAAGCCACCAUCGUAAACCCAGUUUGUCCCAGCCAGCUUUGCAGGAAUCUUUGCACACACAGCUCUCUCACUUGGGUCAGUUUUCAUCAGUCAUUCAGCCUCAGUGGCCCAGCUGUAUGGGUUUUUGACUGUUUGGGAGCUUUAUGUAUGGUGUUAUUCAAAGCAGCUGUCUGUCUUGAGAUUUCUGAAGCUGCUAUUGACACAGCUAGUCUUGGCAUGGGAUUCAACUGAGAGCCGUCCUUUACCAAAAGCUGCAUGUGGAAAUUACCUCCCAGUCUUGUGUCUGUAGUCCUUUUAUCACUGUCUCUUCUGCUGGUCCUGAUGUAGUCCCACUAUUUCUAAGCCUCUUUUAAGUGUUAUUUUUGAAGAAAUAUUUUUAUAGAUGAAUACUCAGGCUCAACUAGUGGAUCUAAUCUUGGCAAGUCCAUGAUUACCCACUUGAAGAUCAAAGUAUUAUAUGCUAUGUGCUUUUUAGUUAGUGCUAUGAAGGCAAAAAUGCUUUCUACAUUAGUGUUCCUGUUUUCCCGGGCACCGGUGAAUGUGUGCUGUGCUGGAAGUAAACUAAAUGUAUCCUAUUCGUAUAGCAUGUUACGUGUGCUUGUGCAGGUUGGAGUAAAGUCCUUUCUGUUUGUUAGGUUGUCUGUUGGGGCGGGGUCGACUGGGAAAAACCAUGACCCUGCAGAUCCUUCUUGUCAAAAUCUCUCCUACCAAGAUAGUGUUCCUGGCCUAGCUCAGCACAAAUAGGAGGUAGCAAAUGGCUUUAAUGGUCAUGUCUGGCUCUAGUUUAAUCAAAUACUUGCUGUAACAUUACUGACCAGAAAACAUGUACAUCACAUCUCUAGAAAGAAGAAACAUAGUAGUUUAAUACCCAAUGUGUACCUUUUUUAAAAAUAAAAAUAAUCUGUACUGACUUCUCACUUGGCUGUUCUGGUUUUAAAGGAUGAGCUACAGGUUAUAUCGCUUUUCUCUACUGAUAUGUCACUUAAGAAACACUUUUGUAACAGGAGUAACAUUCAAGGUGUUUGUUUUACAAGAACCAUCAUUCUAAAGCAGUCACCUUUCUUGAAUGUAGCCACCAUGAGAUUACUGCCUGGGUCCUUUUGGGGCAAAGGCACUUUCAGAGCCAGUGUUUUAAAAUGCCACCUGUCCUGGGCUUGCUGUCCCUUCUUGCUCUACUGUAAAUGGGCCUGUCUGUCACAGGUCAGGUAUGCUAGAAGCACUUGAUGGAGACCUGUCAGUCACAGCCUGCCUGGUUGAGAAAAUGCAAGAAGACAAGCCCAUAGAGAAAAUGAAAAAAGAGCAGCAAGAAGAAAGGCAAACUGUUCUUUUCACCCUUUU